AUGGUUCCAGCUGAUUACAUUAGACCACCUGGGGCCCAAGAGUUAUCGUCCGGUUUUUUGACCUGGUGUAAUUCAUCUGGAACUCAAAGUGAAGCGGAAUGGAAGCAGUUCAGCGUCGACGGCUCGCUUACGAAGGACCUUAGAAACUCAGGCGAAUCCAACCCAUUGGUACCGCCGAGACCGAGUUUUAUUACGGUUCCAGAUGCUAACAAUGAUGACGUAACGUCUCCCGACGGUUCUGGAGCUGUUAUUUUGGCGGAUGCUGGAAAAACCUUCGUUACAGUGACGAUCGCAGGAAAGCGCUAUACGACCGUGCUUCCUGGAGAACAUAAUUCAAUUUCAACUUUGUCAUCAUUUAUGUUUGACGAUGGAAUUUUCAAGCAAGAAUUCUCGAUAAUAGUCAACGGUGUAACAACCUACACCUAUCGGACGAUCAACGGUCAAACAACUGUCUUCGAUGGUCAGGGCCGCGUCCUCAACACCGGUGAUUCAUUCUGGUGUCAUUGCAAAUAA